AUGUCUACAGUUGGAAAGCUUCAGAAUCUUCGAAUACUUCGCGACUUUCUCGGCAGAAGUCUCGAGAGGGGUCUUCUGGAUAGGAUUGCUCCAGUCGGAAAUUUUAUCAACAAUGGAGAGUUGUAUUCCUACUAUAAAACCUCACGUCUAGCAGUCUUCACGGAAUCAAACGGAACUCUCUCCGUCGACGGAUGUGAAAUGCUCGUAGCAACAUUGCUACAUACAAAACCUGCACACCAAAAAUAG